AUGUCUACGUAUUUGCAACAUUUUAAUGCGGAAUAUUUUCUGAAAGAAACCUCCGAGCUGACAGUGGUACAAAGUGUUCAUCAUAAAAGAGCCAAAUAUUAUUUCAAUGAAUUAUCUGGGGAAUAUUUCAAGACGUUAAGUGAUAUCAAGAUAAAGUUGGAAGAUGUUCAACGUGAUUAUAGGCAUGAUUUUGCUUAUUUUAAUGUGAUGUUUAUUGAUUCAUAUGAAAGUUUUCGAAAAAUCGAUCCUGGACCCGAAACAGUCACCGAAGACUUCAGUGAAUAUUAUCUAAUUAUAUUUUAUUCUGUUGGUAAAAAUCCCGAAAAGGAAAUACAAAAAAUAUUUGAUUAUUGUUGGUACUAUUACACGGUUAAUGUCGCCCUAUUACUACAAACUCAGGAACAAAUGCCAAUACAGUUAUAUACCUAUUAUCCCUUUACACCGAAAUCCUGCCAUAAUGCUCAAUUACACAUAAUUAAUCAAAAUAAGUCCAUAAGAGAUUUAAAAGGUUCUGAACUUUAUCCAGAUAAAUUUCAUGAUUUCCAUAAUUGUACGCUAAUGGCUGCUUUGUGGAAUGUACCGCCAUAUCUGACACUGCCAGUUCAGGGUUAUAAUUUAGGGGAAAUGGAAGGCAUGGAAGGAUUUCUAUUACAAGUUUUGGCUGAUGUCUUAAACUUUAGAAUAUUCUACAAAAUACCACCCAAUAAUGAACAAAGAGGUUUGGUAAAAGCAGAUGGCACGGUAACAGGUGCCGUAAAAAUGUUAAAUGACCGACUAGCGGAUCUAAGUUUGGGUUCUUUCCGUUGCACUCUGGAACGUUCUACUGCCAUGAGUCCAUCGAUGACAUUUUAUCAAACCAUGCAAGUGUUUACGGUGUUGGCUUGGCGUCAACCUUGGACCAGUUUCGAAAUUAUUGCAUAUCCUUUUGAUUUUCACAUUUGGCUUGUGUUAUUAAUACUAAUGCUAUUGCUUCUAAGCACUCCACAUAUUUUGGAACAUUUAAGCCUGCAGAUUUUGAAAUUCAUUUAUGGUUUUACUUCUGCCAGAUUUAUAAAUAUCAAUAUAGUAGCCAUUAUUUUUGGUCAAACUGCUCAUACUUUGCCACUACGCAACUUUGCACGUUAUAUAUUCUUUAUGUGGAUUUUACUAACCAUGAUUUUACGCUCCAUAUACCAAGGUUCCUUAUAUGACUUUCUUAAAUCACAAAAAACCUUAGCUCCUCCCGAUACAGCCGCCGAAUUAACUGAACGUAAAUACCAGCUUAUUGUCAAUAUGGCCACCGGUGACUCCUUUUCGGGCAUACAAGUUAUACGUGAUAAUUUAAUAGACGUUUUAAUUAUGAACAUCAGCGAUGCCGGUGGCUUUCCUUUAUUAGAAGCCAAUCCCAAUAAGCGUUAUGUGACCGGUACGCCCAAGGAUUUUCUAACUUACUACGUUAAUACUCAUGACAAAUAUGGGAUAUUCCAUGUCUUAAAGGAAACUAUAUUUUCGCAACAGUUGUGUAUGUAUUUUACCAAACAUUCUUUUUUGGUGAUGCCAUUUGAUCAUGUCUUACAAAAUUUACGAAGUUUUGGUUUAAUCGAUUACUGGGCUAGACUGGUGUUGGAUGAUCGUUUUCUGGAAGAGGUGGAUGAGAUGACAACUGAAACUCCUCUAACGUUUACACAGUUAUCGGGUAUUUUCGAGAUUUGUAUGUAUUUAUAUUUAUUUACAGUUGUAUUAUUUAUAUGUGAGCUUUUGUGGUUUAAGUUUAAUAAAAGAAAUGAGAGUUUUUAA